UUAAAAUUUGUUUCUCAGCAAAUUUGAAUAAAAAACAAAUAUAAAAUGUCAAACAGCCACUUGUUUUUGAAGUCUGGAUUCCCACGAGCCCCCCUGCAGAACGGCCUGGGUCGUUAUGUCUGCCAGUUGCAGCGGAUAACUCUGAAAUUCUGCAAGAACAACGGCUCCAGCAGAGGCAUGCGCGACUUCAUUGAGAACCACUUGCUGGACUUUGCUAAGGAGAAUCCUGGGAUAGUGGUCUACGUGAAACCAAGACGCCACCGCACGCCGGUCUUGGUGGGCGAAUAUCUAAAUGGCGACCGCGAGUGGCUGAGCUGCAGGAACAGCACUCAGGAGGAGAUCUCCAAGUGGAUCGAUCUGCUAAAGACCCAAAAUGGUAGCUCCAGCUCCCUUCGGCUGCGCAAAAUGUGGCACACGGACGUUCCCUCGAUUCAGGGUCCCUGGACACCCUUCCUUUUGCGAUCUCCCGAGGCCCAGGACCAGAAGUAUCCCAGCGAGGAGUCCUCCAAGCCGCUAGACAUACCGCAAACCGCCACCGAGAAGCUCAUUGAACUCUUCCGGCAGCAGCAACUGGAGGCUGGAGAAUCCGCCAACGAAGUUCUGAGCAAAAAGCGCGCAGAAUGAAAGGGAACUACUGAUUAAGGAUAGAACUCGGUUGUUUUUUUGGUAAUUGUUUUAUUUUUAUAAUCAACAUUGAUUUGUUGGUAAACAAAUAAAUAUUUAAAAUCUAAAGGACU